AAAAAUCCAGAAUGGAUGUCCUCCUUAUAGCCCUCCUUGUCGUGCCGCUCAUCCUGGGACAGGAAUACGAGGCUGAAGAAGAGCUGGAGGAGGGUGAUUACUAUCAGGUGAUAUAUUAUUACACAGUGACCCCUAACUACGAUGACUAUAAUGUAAACUUCACUGUUGAUUACUCUGUGUUUGAGUCAGAGGACAGGUUGAACAGGUUGAAUAAGGAGGUAACAACAGAAGCAGCAGAAACUACCAUUAGUCUUCAUACAGAACUUGUGGACCACCAGAAUCCUGUAACCACGAAACCAGUGACAACGGAACCAGUGAGUCAUGUGGAAAGUAAAGAGCAGAGUACAGAACAGAAUGAUGCCAUGUCCAGUCUGCAGAGUCCUCUGUCCUGUCUUCUGUUAUGGACCCUUCUUCAAUCAGGGAUGCAUUUUCUGUAGCAGGUGAGAGAAGGCUGCUCUGAUUCUUCGGACUAGAGUUUGGCAAGUUUUGGAUGAAGAAUAAAAAAAUUAGUUUUACCUAC